AUGAGGCAGGCGCCCAAUAUCAUUGUGACGGGCACGCCAGGCGUGGGCAAGACUACACAUUGCGAGACCCUCGCCGAGAAAACGGGCCUGCGACAUAUUUCGGUCAACCAGGUGGUGAAGGAUAAGCAGUGCCAUGAAGGCUGGAGCGAGGAAUACCAGAGUUGGAUCGUCGACGAAGACAAGCUGCUCGAUGCCAUAGAAGACGAUGUAGCGGGCGGAGGCUGCAUCAUUGACUGGCACGCCUGCGAUCUGUUCCCCCGUAGCUGGAUCGACCUGGUCGUCGUGCUCCGGGUGGACUCUUCGACUCUCUACGACAGGCUGAAGGCCAGAAACUACGCCGAGGCCAAGCUCCAGGAGAAUCUCGACUCGGAGAUCAUGGAGGUGCUUCUGCAGGAAGCGAGGGAGGCAUAUGACGAGGAGGUAGUCAUCGAGCUGACGAGCAAUACCUCGGACGAGAUGGAGAGCAAUCUGGACCGCAUUGAGGCAUGGGUGAAACAGUGGAAGGCGGACAACGCACAACAAUGA